ACGUCUGUUUCCUUCUCCCCCACCCCACAGAUAUAUUAUCCCCUAAAUGAGGCCCCAAACAAUUUUGGAUUUUUUUUUUUAAGAUCUGUUAUACUCCGCCUUGUGUGACUUCCUCUGUGCUGAAUCGGGGCACUGCAGACAAAAAAAAAAGACGAUUAAGUAAAACAUAGGCCUUGCAGGAUCCUCUGUCUGGCCUGGGAACUGUGGAAGAGGAAGGAAGCAAGCAUGGCAGGGACUCUGACACAGGAGGAGGAGCAGGCUACUAACCGGUUCUUGCAGGAGAUGAAUUCAUGGACUACAUGCCACUCUGUGUCGCCUCUUUCGUGGGACAUUGCUGUUAAAUUUCUGAUGGCACGAAAGUUUGAUGUUGUGCGAGCAAUUGAACUUUUCCACUCUUACAGAGAGACCCGGCAGAGAGAAGGCAUAGUGCGACUGAAUCCUUUACAAGAGCCCCUUCUAUCUGAGUUGCUGAGCGGCAAGUUCACUGUGCUGAGUGUCAGAGCCCCAACUGGAGCUUCCAUUGCAAUCUUCACUGCUAAACUACACCAUCCAGCCCGCAGAAACAGCAGACAGGCACAGCACACUGUGCUUCAAGCUCUCUUCUACCUGCUGGACAGGGCUGUAGAGAGUGUCGACACACAGAGAAAUGGCCUGGUUUUUGUCUAUGACAUGGGUGGAAGUCAGUAUAGCAACUUUGAGCUGGAAUUAAGCAAGAAAAUCUUGAGUCUGCUGAGAGGUGCAUUCCCUGCUCGUCUGAAGAAGGUCCUUAUUGUGUCCCCUCCGGUCUGGUUCCGGGUCCCAUAUUCUGUCAUCAGCCUCCUACUCAAGGAAAAGCUGAGAGAGAGGGUACACAUGGUGAGUGCAAGCGAGCUUCUGGAGCACUUGCCUCCACAGUGUCUUCCAGAGUCUUUGGGGGGUCUUCUUCCUUGGGACCCUGGCUCCUGGAACUGCCUCCUUCUUCCAGGGCGAGCUGGCAAGCCAGAUCCUUUGGAUGAGUUGGUACUGGUACUAGGAGGCAGCCUAUGUGGAAGUGUACAUAGACCUGGAGCCAGGGGGAUGACUCUAGCACAGCUGAAGGAGUAUGUUGGCAGAGUUGGGAGGCGUGGAAUAUAUGAGGAAUAUGAGGAAAUGAGAAAUAAGCAGCCUGAAGGGACAUUCACUGUGUCAUUGGCUCCUGUGAAUCGUGAUCGGAAUCGUUAUGGGGAUGUCUUAUGCUUGGACCAAACCCGUGUAAAACUGAAACGUCUGAAUUGGCAAGAGCGUUCUGAUUACAUAAAUGCCAGCUUCAUGGAUGGAUAUCUUCAGAAGAAUAUGUAUAUUGGGACCCAGGGUCCUCUUGAGAAAACAUUUUCAGAUUUUUGGCAGAUGAUCUGGGAGCAGAAUGUAUUGGUAAUUGUCAUGACAACAAGGGUUGAGGAAGGUGGCCAUAGAAAGUGUGGCCAAUACUGGCCUCUGUCCUCUGGGUCCAUGUCAACAUAUGGAGCUGUUACUGUGACCAACAAAGCCACUGAGAAUCACCAGCACUACAGAAAGAGUACCCUGGAACUGAGCACUCGCCAGGGCAAGGACAAAAGGCUGAUUAGCCACUUACAGUUCCUUAGCUGGCCAGAUUUUGGGGUCCCCAGUUCUGCAGCUGCUCUAAUUAACUUUAGAGGUGCUGUGAAGAAGGAGCAGCAAAGACUGGUUCAAGAGUUGGGAACCCAAUGGCGAGGCCCACCUGAAGGACCGCCCUUUGUGGUGCACUGCAGUGCAGGCAUUGGCAGGACAGGCACUUUCUGUACCCUGGAUAUCUGCCUAUCCCAGCUGGAUAAUGUGGGUACUGUCAACAUUCAGGAGACCGUGCAAAGAAUGCGCCGACAGAGAGCAUUUAGCAUCCAAACUCCAGAGCAAUACUACUUCUGCUACACAUCUGUCCUGGAGUACUCUACCAGCUGACAAAGCCCGGACCAUUGAAAUCUUUUGCAUUGAAGGACCAGUAAACCACAGCUGGGUGUUGCAGUAUUUUAAAGGGUACUGUCAUAAAAGUACAGUAUUAAGAUGAUGGUAACCCAAAUUCCAAGAGGUUGAUAGCUACGAUAUACUGCAGUAAAUGUUUAUAUGUAUAUGAAUCCCCUAUACACCCAGCACCCAACAAGUAACAUGUUACAUUCAGUCGCACUUUAAAUACCAAAAGAAACAAAACCAUUUGUCAUACUGAAUACACUCAAUAAAUCCAAAUGUUGUAUUGCACACCUAAAACAUUAUACCAAUGCCACACAGAAAUGGCAAUCUGUGGUCAGCAACACACAAGAGCAAGCACUAUGCAACUGCUCUACACAAAUGUGUCUCUGACAUUCUCAUACACAGCUUUUAAACAAAAGAGUUAUGUAACCAUACAUUACAGACAACCAUCCCAAGGUAAAAAAUACAGGUGAUAUACAAACCAGACAAGUAAUAAGCACACACACAGAGAAAAGCAGCAAUCAUCCAGCUCAGACAUAAUGAGCUGUUAUAAAUAGAAAGUGGCUACCACCACAUCAGCUAUAGACACGUAAAUCAAUAAACUAUACCAUUGUUAUAUAAUCUGUUUAUUUACAUAUUUAUAUGUUUUCUUCAGCUCACCUAAUUUUCACACAGCUGGACAAUGCAUAUGACCCAGGCCCAAACAAGUACAGAUGGAUCAGGCUUAAAUGAAGCAACAGGCACAAACAACUACCUUCUUUCUAAUUUGAAAUAAAUGGGAUGCUGUAUGCACAGUGUUCACAAAAUAUAGAGAAGCCCAUUCCAUCUGUAUGAUUUUAAUCUUAUCAGCACUUUAUCUAGUACACAACUGCAUAAAAUAAUAGCUAUUAGGUAUUAAUAGACUGUGCCAAAAUUGUUUUAUACAAUGAUAAACCAAGCUCUUUUAUUAUAUAUUCCAUUUAGAUUAUAACCUGGGUCAUUUAUUAUCUAUUUCUAAAUAUACAGAGCAAAGUGGAAUGAUUAAGAAACCAGUAGGAGUGAAAAUGAAAGAGAAAUAAAAGAAUGUGUCAGUGAAACUUAAACUGGCCAAUUUGCUGCAAAUGGCCUCCUUCUUCUUAGUAUCCUACAUUCCUUCUUGUCAUGCUACAUGUAUAUAAAUGUACAGACAUAUUCUUAUCUGUAAAAAUGUUAUAUAAUUCUAUAUAAAUGUAAGCCAUUUGGCAUUAUUUUAACUGGGAAGGGCCUGAACAGGAAAAAUCUUCUUGAACUUUUUGCCGCAGAUCAAAAUGGAUGGAAUGGGCUUCAACACAUUAAAGAGAAUUGAAACAAAAUACAUGAUGGGUAAUGUUAUAAAAUGCUGUUAAUACACAGUUUGCCCAGGCAGAUUUCACAUUCACCACCUUUAUUGCACAGUUUAAUAAUGACUUAUCUUAUUGCUACCGUUAUGUUGUCUGUGAGCAGAGAUAGGUGCUGUUAUACUACAAUUAGUGCCCCGCUCAGUAUCUUUUGUCAGGUACAUGUGCAGAUCACAGAAGAGAGAGUUACCCCUAUCUGCUCCAUCAUCAGAUUUAUUUGCAAGUGUCCAUCACUGGGUUGAGAUGUAUUUUUUUUUUUUACAAACUUUUUUCUUAUAAAUAGAAACUUAAGGGCCACCCCGUAAAGCGAAUGCCCUGGCCUGGACAGAGGCUAGAAAUACAGCCCUGCAUAUAUUUACCCUUUACAGUUAUUUAUAAAUUGUGAAUGACAGCUUGGCUAUUAUUAUUCUGAUUUGCUUUGUGCAUUAGCUCCAAAUUCCAAGCUUAGAAUGCGGAAUUUUUAUUAAUAGACAUCCACAUUUUUUAGCCAGCAAUUGCUUCUGUGUAUGGGAAGAUGUGUGCUUCACUUUUGCAAUAAUUUAGUAUUGGUUGCUGUUUAAGAAUGACAUUUUGUUAACCGGCAUGCAGCUACAUUUACCCAGCAGCCCAAGCAUCUGCAGUCUUCUCUAGACCACUAGGAGCUGAAAUAGCUGGGACUGCUAGAUAAACCUGCUCUGUAUGUGAUAGGGGCUGUGGAAGAUGAUAAGUCGGGGGGAAUGUGUAAAAAAAUGGGUCCUGCACUAAAAAUUAUAUAUAACAUGUCUGGGUGUUAUAACUGGGACGCCAGGUCCCCCAUAACUGCAGUGGGAUGGAAAUGGCGCAAAAUGACUCCAACCAACCCUUUUGGACAUGUGUAUUAGAGCCCUUUUUUGUGUGCAGCUCCGUUUGAAACACAAGUUUGUGCAUACUUAAACAUACAUUAAUUGAUUCUGUUUUAAUCUGCCUGAUUGUACUCACUGCAAUUUUAAAAACAUGCUGCCUUGUUUCGCUUACACAAGAGUUCUUGAAUGCUCAGAACAAGCCCCAUUCCCCUGACUCCUGAUACUUUUAUGAAUACAUGUUUAGCAGAUCUUUA